AUGCACGCUAGGAUACCACGGCUUGCGGGCCAUACUGCGGUUACACGCAGCGCCGUGAUUCCUGCUGGCGCUCGCGCAUCGUCGUCCAAGGCCACGCCGAAGGCCGCGCCUCCAGAGGUCGUCUUCUCGGGCAUCCAGCCGACCGGCACACCUCAUCUGGGCAACUACCUCGGCCUCUUCCUGCCCUUCCUCGAGCUGCAGAAGACGACGCCGGCCACGACGCCAGUCUACCUCACCGUGGUAGGCCUGCAUGCCAUCACGCUCCCGCAGGACCCGGUGCAGCUGGUACAGGACCGGCGCAAUAUGCUCGCGAGCCUGCUGGCGUGCGGUGUCGAUCCCGAGCGCACAACACUCUUCCUGCAAGAGGACGUGCGGGAGCACUCGGAGCUCGCGUGGUUCCUCAACACCAUCGCGCCCGUCGGCCGGCUGCAGCGCAUGACGACGUGGAAGUCACGGCUCGCGACGGCGCGCAACGCAAACUCGGAGGACGAGGUCUCGGAGGAGGACCUGCGCCUAGGCCUGCUGUCCUACCCCGUCCUCCAGGCCGCCGAUAUCAUGCUGUACAAGAGCACGAUUGUGCCCGUUGGCGAGGACCAGACGCAGCAUCUCGAGCUGGCGCGGGAUAUCGCGCAGGGCUUUAACCGGCAGUUUGGCGAUGUGUUUCCCAUCCCCGAGACGCGUGUUGUUCCGCAAAAGCGCGUGCUGUCGCUCCGCGACCCAGCACAGAAGAUGUCCAAAUCGGCCCCGAACCCCCUCUCGCGCAUCUCGCUCACCGACUCGCCAAAAGACAUCGCCGCAAAGAUCAAGGGCGCCGUCACCGACUCGAUCCGCGAGGUCACGUAUGAGCCGGAUACGCGCGCCGGCGUCGCAAACCUGCUCACCAUCUGGGCGGCGUUCGACGAGCACAAGCGCACGCCGGAACAGCUCGCCGCCGCCGCACAGGCUGACGGCUGGGGCGCGGGCAAGCUCAAGGCGGCCGUGAGCGAGGUCGUCGCGGCGCACCUCGCGCCUGUGCAGGAGGAGUACAAGCGCAUCAUCGCUGAUGAGGGGUACAUCCGCGACGUGGCGGCCAAGGGCGCCAACAAGGCGCGCGAGCAGGCAGCCAAGACCAUGGCCGAGGUGCGCGCCGCCGUCGGCCUCGGCGGGAUCUAG